AUGGCUACUGACGAGCAACAAGCCAAAGUCACCCUCCACUGGCUCAACCAAUCUCGCUCCCAAAGCCUACUCUGGCUCCUCCAAGAGCUCAAGAUCGAAUUCGACAUCAAACUGUACCACCGCAACAAGGAAACUUUUCUCGCACCCCCAGAGCUCGAACAAGUGCAUCCCCUAGGAAAAUCCCCCGUCGUUGUCAUCACGCCUCCUGGUGAAGGCGCUCAGCCAAUUGUCCUUGCGGAGAGCGGCCACCUGGCGCAGUAUCUUUGCGAGCAUUUCCCAGAGGGCCGCCGACUGGUGCCGCAGAAAUGGAAGGACGGCAUGGAGGGAAAGAUUGGUGGAGAGACCGAGGCCUGGUUGCGCAACCAGUACUUUUUGCACUAUAGCGAGGGUAGUCUAAUGCCGUAUCUGGUGCUCUCCUUGGUGAUUGGAAGGCUCAGACAACCCCCAAUCCCCUUCUACAUCCGCCCCCUCACCACCGCCGUGGCCAACCGCAUCUUCGCAAGCUACAUCUUCCCCAACGUUCGCAGGCACAUCAAGUUCCUCGAACAACAGCUCCAAACCUCUGGCGGCCGCUACAUCUGCUGCGACCACCUCACGCCCGCUGAUAUCAUCCUCAGCUUCCCGCUCCUCUCGGCCCGGAACGGCCUGGAUUCCAUGGGCGACUGGGAGGGCGGCUCAUGGAAAGUAGAGUGCCCGCGCGUGGCGGAGUAUAUACAGCAGCUGGAGAACGAAGAAGGCUACAAGAUGAGUUCGGAUACGAUCGCGAAGCUCGAUAAUUCGGUUGACGAGUCGGCGCUGUUCCGCAGUAAGGUCUAG